CAAACUUCCCCAACAACAUAAAAUAAAUCAAUAACUUGUCAAAAUUCACAAAAAUGAAAACAAAGUUUCCAUUUACUCUAAAUAAUUGUAUUUUUUUAUUAGUUUUAUUAAAUAUUUUAAUCCAAAAAGCAUCCACCCUCCAUCGAACGUUGAAAAAAUACGACACCCUUCACAUAGACGAUGUAGCUCAUAAAAUUGUUAAAAGAGGCUCAAAACACAGUUCGAAUCCGUAUAAUGUUAUCAAAGAAGUCGAAUUUAAAUCUUUAGGCAAACAUUUUCGUUUGAUCUUACAUCCGCACAAAGAAGUUUUGCACAGUAAAUUUAAGGCAUUCACUGUGGACGGCGAUGGCAAAGAAGCUAUUGUUCAUAUGGAUCAUGAUCAUUUUUAUUCUGGACGAGUGUUUGGAGAAAUGGAAUCAAAUGUACGAGCUCACAUAGUUGACGGCCUAAUGACAAUGGUUAUUCAUUUACCAGAAGAAGCAUAUCAUAUUGAACCUUCUUGGAGACAUCUGAAAGAUCAUGACAACAAAACAAUGGUUGUUUAUAAAUCAUCAGAUGUCAAACUCGAUUGGUUAAAGAAUCAAGGAGAAUUAGGCGCUCCAAUGACAUGUGGCUAUGUUAAAGAGGGAUUAGAAUUGGAAGAAGAUGACGAAGUUGAAGCAAAAAAUGAAGUCAGUAGUAAUAAUUUUUUUUACCAAACGGGUGUUCAUGAUCAUGAGGUUUCGAAAAAAGGUUCAAAUCGGCAAAAGCGACAAGCUGAUCAGUACGAAUAUACACCAACCAAAACAAGGUGUCCAUUGCUCUUAGUGGCAGAUUAUAGAUUCUUUCAGGAAAUGGGUGGUGGCAACACGAAAACCACAAUCAAUUACUUGAUAAGCUUAAUUGAUCGAGUUCACAAAAUUUACAAUGACACUGUCUGGCAGGAUCGUUCGGAUCAAGAAGGAUUCAAAGGAAUGGGAUUUGUGAUUAAGAAAAUCGUUGUUCAUUCGGAACCGACAAGAUUGCGUGGAGGAGAGGCACACUACAAUAUGAUACGUGAAAAAUGGGACGUUAGAAAUUUAUUAGAGGUCUUUUCACGGGAAUACAGCCACAAGGAUUUCUGUUUAGCUCAUUUGUUUACAGAUUUAAAAUUUGAAGGUGGAAUUCUUGGCUUGGCUUAUGUUGGUUCGCCGAGAAGGAAUUCCGUUGGAGGAAUAUGCACUCCAGAAUACUUCAAAAACGGAUAUACCCUCUAUUUGAAUUCGGGUCUAAGUAGCUCACGGAAUCAUUAUGGGCAGCGUGUUAUCACUCGUGAAGCUGAUUUGGUAACAGCUCAUGAAUUUGGUCACAACUGGGGCUCGGAGCAUGAUCCUGAUAUUCCUGAAUGUUCACCAAGUGCUUCACAAGGUGGAAGUUUCCUCAUGUACACCUAUUCAGUGAGUGGAUAUGAUGUUAACAACAAGAAAUUCUCUCCAUGCUCCUUACGAUCAAUAAGAAAAGUUCUACAAGCUAAAUCCGGACGCUGUUUCUCCGAACCGGAAGAAUCAUUUUGUGGUAAUCUUCGUGUCGAGGGUGAUGAGCAAUGUGAUGCCGGUCUUUUGGGUACCGAAGACAAUGAUGGUUGUUGUGAUAAAAUAUGUAAACUUCGACGUAAUCAGGGUGCCGUUUGUAGUGAUAAGAAUUCCCCAUGCUGCCAAAACUGCCAAUACAUGCCAUCUGGUAUGAAAUGUCGCGAUGCACAAUACGCUACGUGCGAACAAGAAGCCCGCUGUACAGGUAAUCACGCAGAAUGUCCCAAAUCACCGCCGAUGGCAGAUGGAACAAUUUGUCAGGAACGUGGACAAUGUCGAAAUGGAAAAUGUAUACCGUAUUGUGAGACACAAGGAUUGCAGAGUUGUAUGUGCGAUAUUAUUUUGGAUGCAUGCAAAAGAUGUUGUCGAAUGAGUAUUAAUGAAACGUGCUUCCCUGUCGAACCACCUGAUGUUCUACCUGAUGGUACACCGUGUAUUCAAGGAUUUUGCAAUAAGGGGAUGUGCGAGAAAACCAUUCAAGAUGUUGUGGAGCGCUUUUGGGAUAUAAUCGAAGAGAUAAACAUUAAUCGAGUCUUAAGGUUUUUAAAGGAUAACAUUGUCAUGACUGUGGUUGUUUUGACGUCGAUAUUUUGGAUACCAGCCAGCUGUGUAAUCUCUUACUUCGAUCGGAAAAAGCGACGACACGAGCUCAAAGAACUCGAUUGGAGCCAAAAAUUAGAUCUGAUACAUCCGAGCGAUCGAAGACGUGUUAUUCACAUAAGAGUUCCACGACAGAAAAUAUCUGUGGCACGGAUGUGAGAUAUUUUGCAAUAACAAUGACGAUCUUCAACAAAUUUUACUUAUUUUAUCUUCAAAACCAUUUUGUAUUCAUUAAAUUGUAAAGCGUUCAUAAAAAUAACAAAUAAAAACAAAAAUAGAAUUACUGUAAA